AUGGCAGCUGCUCCAGACCUCAAAGCCCUCGAGGCUAACGAGAAGGGCGAAGACAUCUACACCAAUGAUGUCAACAGCUCUCAGGCUAGCACUCCGGGCGACCUCGAUGAAUACCCAGAUCCAGACGUAGGCAAGAGCGAUGAAGAGCGUGCCAAACUCGACAAAGCACUUGUUUGGAAGAUGGACAAGUGGCUCAUCCCAUGGCUGUCGCUCCUGUACCUGCUCUCCUUCUUGGACCGCACCAACAUUGGAAACGCUCGUGCCGCCAAUAUCGAGCGGGACCUUAAAAUGGGAGGUCGCGACUACAACCUUGCCUUGACAAUCUUCUUCAUCUCUUACGCCGGCUUCGAACCGCUCACCAACAUCGCCAUCAAGAAAUGGUCUCCUCGCGUCUUCUUUACCGUCAUCAUCCUCACGUGGGGUGCCAUCAUGACACUGAUGGGUGUUGUUCACAACAGAGCCGGUCUGCUGGCUGCCCGAUUCUUCCUCGGUAUCGCAGAAGCCGGACUGUUUCCUGGUGUCAACUACUACCUCUCGUGCUGGUACAAGCGUCAGGAGCUUGGUUUCCGUGCCGCUCUCUUCUUCUCAGCCGCUGCGCUUGCUGGUUCGUUCGGUGGUCUUCUCGCUGCCGCCAUUACCGAAAUGGAUGGUGUUGCCGGUUAUGAGGGAUGGCGAUGGAUCUUCAUCAUCGAGGGUCUUAUGACUGUAUUCGUCGGUAUUUUCUGCUGGUGGAUGGUUUUCAACUUCCCAGACACUGCGAGUUUCCUAUCUCCCGACGAAAAGUUGCGAGCUGUUCGUCGACUUAAGCUUGAUGGACAAGCCCGCGCCAAGGUCGGUGGAAUUGACCGCCGAGACGUCAUUGCAGCCCUCAAGGACUGGAAGACAUGGGGAUACUCCGUCAUCUACAUGGGCUGUCUCUGCCCGCUCUACUGCUUCUCCCUGUUCCUGCCGACGAUUCUUCUUGGCAUGGGCCACAAAGGCACCAAGGCCCAGCUCUUGUCGGUCCCACCUUACGCCGUUGCUGCAGCCAUGACUGUCAUUAUUGGUUAUGUUGCAGACAAGACCAAGAAGCGUGGCUACUGCAACAUGUUUGUAUCGGCCAUUGGAUGCGUCGGUUUCGCCAUGCUGCUCGGUACAACGAAGCCAAAUGUCCAGUAUGCUGCCACCUUCCUCGGCGCCAUGGGUAUCUACCCAACUGUCUCCAACACACUGACGUGGGCUUCCAACAAUGUCGAGGGUUCGCUCAAGCGUGGUGUCAUGGUCGGUGUCGUUGUCGGCUGGGGUAACAUGAACGGUGUUGUAUCUUCCAACAUCUACGACCCUAAGGAGAAGCCACACUACCGUACUGGCCACGGCAUUGUCCUUGGUUACAUGGCCUUGUUCCUUUUCGGCGGAACUGUCUUCAUGCACUUUGCCUUGGCACGUGAGAACAAGCUCAGAUUGGCGGGCAAGCGCGACCACUGGGUCGAGGGCAAGUCUGAGCAGGAGAUUGCUGAUUUGGGCGACAUGCGACCGGACUUCAUCUACACCACCUAAGUCAUUUUGAAUGUGUGGUUAUAGUUCUUUUAGCGACCUGUCCUGUAUGAGCGCCUUUGACAUUGUUGAACGUACAUAGAUACCCGCGAUAUUGGGUAAUCUACCUGGGAUCCAAUUCGCUCGAAUCAAGAAUGAUAGUAUAGAAAGGGAAAGAGUGUAUAUAGUGGGCGAUGAUUGUACAGGAAUCAAAAGCAUUCGAACCUUGAA